GCUGCUCCACCAGUAGGCGAGUUGAGGUUUAAGGAUCCCGAACCUCCUGCUCCCUGGGAAGGUAUUCGAGACGCUUCCAAAAAUGCUGGCGAUGUUUGUGCACAGUUGGAACAAUCGUCAGGUCAAGCGGUUAUCGGCAGCGAAGACUGUCUUUACCUUAAUAUUUAUAUACCGUACAAUGUUUAUCGGACAAGAGGAAAUCCAGUUAUGGUUUGGAUUCACGGUGGAGCCUAUCUUAUUGGUUCCGGCAACGAUACUCACAAACGACCUGAUUACCUUAUGGCAAAAGAUGUCAUUUUAGUGUCUAUAAACUAUAGACUUGGUGCUUUGGGUUUCUUGAAUCUUAAUCACGAAGUAGCAAGCGGAAACCAAGGUUUAAAAGAUCAAGUUGCCGCAUUAAAAUGGAUUAAGGAAAAUAUCGAGAUUUUUGGCGGAGAUUCAAACAAUAUCACUGUUUUUGGUGUCAGUGCAGGUAGCGCUUGCACGCAUUUCUUAACGUUGUCACCGUUAUCCAAAGAUCUCUUCCACAAAGCUAUUCUUCAGAGUGGUGUAAUUACAUGUGAUUGGGCGAUAAUAAGAAAUCAACCAGAAGCCAAUUCUUUUAAGCUUGCGUCGGUACUUGGCAACGAUUCUAAGGAUCCUGAAAAAGUUAUUGAAUUUCUUCGAACAAUACCUACUGCUGAAAUCGUCAAAGCGCAAUAUAAGGUUCUCACUCCAGAGGAAGCACGCACUGUUAAUAUCCCAUUUGGACCUACAAUUGAUGAUAAAGCGAAAAGUCCUUUUCUUCCAUGUCCCGUCUCUCAGUUACUUGACAAUGAGAAUAAUAUACCAAUCAUAGUUGGUUGUACUUCUCAUGAAUAUAUCAUGUUUCUUAAAGAUACCAGUGAGAAGGCUUUAAAGACAAUAUAUACGGAUCUACCAAGAAUCAUAGAAAAUUUUACAAACUCUCAAGAUCUCGAAAAAAUAAUACAAUUGACAGAACGAGUUAAACAGCGAUAUUUUAAUAAUAUACCAUUUACUGAAAAGAGUAUCCCAUCUAUUAUACGAUGUCUGAGUGACUUGCAUCUUGAUAUUCCCACUAAAGAUUUUGUGGAUAAACAAAGGAAAAAAAAGCAAGCACCGAUUUAUUUUUACAAAUUUUCCUACGUUGGCAACCAGAUGACUCAGACAAAGUUUAUGGGAAAUAAAUUGACUACACUCGGAGCUUCUCAUACUGAUGAUAUGGCAUACCUUUUUUACGAGCCUAAAUAUAAAAUUGAUGAUCCUGAACCGCCGGCAAUAGGUACAAAAGAUCGAAAAGUAUUAGAAAUUCUUACGAGAAUGUGGACCAAUUUUGCAAAGACGGGAAAUCCUACACCUGUGUUAGAUCAGUAUGUAACUACUACUUGGUUACCAGCGACAGUAGAUUUCUUUAAUUAUUUGGACAUUGGCGAUACUGUUCAACUUUUAACCGUUACUAACUGUGAUAGCAUAUUAAAAGAGUCGGAGUUAUAAAAAUUCUGCAAACACUAUAUAUUGAUUACUGUGAAAGCUACAAGUUUUUAAAAUACGUAUUAUGCUGUACUUAAUGUUUAAUAU